UCAAGCAGCAAGCAAUGGAGGGAAGAGAGAGCAAAUCUUCUCUCACCUCACAAACGGAACCUCGCGACAACCCCCAUUCCCGUUUCUCCACUCCAAUGCAACAACAUCAAUCUCAUGAAAUGGUGGCUUUGAAGAAGGCAUAUGCGGAUGUGAUUCUGAACACUGUGAAGGAGGCUGCAGGUCGGGUAAUGGUGGCGGAAAGGAGAGCUCUUAUGUUCCAGCAAGAGCAUGCUUCAUCGAAAGAAGAGGCUCUUCAUAUGUUAAUGCGUUUGAAGCAGAUGAUGGAUGCUAAGACAGCUGAAGCAGAAAAGGCAUCAUUGGAGAAGCAAAGAAAAAUUGAUGAGCUUGAAGCACAAUUGAAUGAAGCCGAGGAUAUCAUAACAGAUCUAAGGGCAGAGUUGAAGCUUGUAUAUCUGGAGUUAGAGAUGGCAAGGAAUAACCAGGUCCGGCCUUUGAGUGGACAGAAAUCACAGAAUGAAAAGCAAGCUGUAACUUUUCAGGAGAGUGCAAAACCUGAGAUUUCAAUAUCCAGUCCUCAUAAAGAACUUAGAUGUGUAACAAGCUGUGAUGUGGCAAACAAAUCAUUGACUAUGAACGUUUUAGAUAAUAAGUGUUGUAAUGCAAAACAACAAACUGAGCAAUUGCGCAUCUCUAAUUUGGAGGAUUCUUGUGGUCAUGACUCUGACUUUGCUUCCAUCAUCACGAAAAGCAAGGAACCUGAACUUUUCCGAAAUGGAUUUACUCAGAGAAUCCAUGCACUCGAAGGAAAUUUGCUGGAUGAAAAGCUGCUCAAGCAAGAUGUACACAAUCAACAUUAUGGUAAAAAACUCAGGAUCAUUGCUAAAGAUAGUAAUGGGCAAGUUGCAAAAUAUAGUGCUUUGACUGAGAAAAUGGAAAUUAAGAAGCACAUUAAGCACCAUAAAAUACCAAAACGGAAGAUAUAUUCCUAUUUCUGGUCUCACUUUCUUUCUUGUAAAAUUCAUUUAAAUGACAACUGUAAAUCCAGCAGAGUUGUGUGCUCUCUACCUUCUAUCAAGCUUAGUGCCAUUAGCAAAUGGAAAAGAAAGAGAAGAAGACAUCCACAUUUGGGAAUGAAAUCUUUUGCUUUUAGGAGUUGUAAACCAUCAUUUUCUCUUAAGCAGUGCCCAUCUGUCUCUGAUAAUAAAAAAUGUUGUGAAGAUGAAUAUGAUGCAAAGAUGAAGUCAGUGGCACCUUUGACUGAUGUAGAACCUGUGCUUGGGACCACUGGUGUUACAGAAAGUGUCCAGGCUGUUAAUAAAUUCAAGCUUGUGGAGAAGGCAAUUGAGAAGGAUAAUGAGUUAUUAAAUUUAGAAGAAAGUGCUGCACAGAAUCUAACAGGUCCAAGUUCUGAUAUGAAAGUUGAGGUUUUCGAUGUUCCAUCCACGAAUACUGAUUUGGAAGAUGCAAAAGCUUUUGAAAAAAAUGAUAGAUCUGCCAGUCAAGUAAAUGACAGUAGGCCUCUGAAGUAUACAUUCCAAAGGAAGCGAAAAAAGGAAUCCUUGGGAAACACAGACCAAAACAUUGAUUCUGAGAAGCGUAUAGUGAAGAGGAGGUUGGAAGACAAACAAAAUGGUGCAUUAGAACACCAAAAUCUAGCAUCAUAGAGGAAACUUCUACAGAUAAUCAGCACCUGGAUCAGGUUGCUCAUCUGGUCUGUCCAAUUCUUAUGCAUACAAUAACUCUUCCUGAUUUCAUCUUAUGCUGAUUGAAUUAGGAGCACAAACAUAGAUAAUUGGAUAUGAAUUAAGUGUUAAGAAGUUUUUGGCUAAAUCAAAAUGAAGGGUUAUCUGAUAGUUUGUUGUGGAUCAUGGAUCACGAAUGCCUAGGAUUAACAUAAUUUUCUAGCCUUCCUCAUUUUAGAUAUAUAAAAAACUUCGUACCCCAUUGCCCGGAACCUCAUUUUAGAUAUAUAUUUAUUUAUUUAUUUCAGAUUUAAUAGACAGAUGAAUUUUGAAAUGCUUUCUUUAAAAUAAGAUUGUAAUAGAAAAUUGCUUGCUAUAGAAAUAUAAUGAUUGCUUGCAGUUGUUGCUUUCUUAGAAAGAAAUUCAGUAUUUGAGCUC